AUGAAGAUUGAUAUGACAGCACCAGUUUCAACCAAAGUAGAACCAGGUGCAGGUCCCAACUGUGAGAGCACUUUUACUGUGUCUUUUUUCAUCCCACCCGAACACCAAGAAAACCCCCCUCAGCCAAAAAACCCAAAUGUAUUCAUUGAGGAGAGACCUGAAUUUGAAGCCUACGUAAAAUCAUUUGGAGGAUUUGCUAAGGAGGAUUCAUGGAUAAACGAAGCUCAGAAAUUGUCAGAGGACUUGAAAGAGAAGACGAGUGAGAUUCGUCAGGAUUAUUGGUUCACGGCUGGUUAUAAUAGCCCAUUUCAACUGUUUGGUAGAACCAAUGAAAUAUGGUUUGUUAAAAAGUGAUCUAGUGACAAGGUAUGAAAGUUAGAAUUAAUAACUUGUGAAGCACAAGUGUAUCAGGGUUUAAUAAUUACCGAAGAAUGAGAACAACGAGGAAUUUAAUGAAAUUAGGAAGCAUCCAGUUUCAUGAUUAGAUUUGAAAUGUGCAUUGGAGUAGCAUUCCCUAUACAAUGUAGCAUUGCUAAGCACGUGUUUGUUUUCUUAUUAACAGUGCUUUGGAUUGAAAUCUCUGUAUCUCGUGCAACUUUUAAAGUUUUCAUUUUAAAAGAAUUCAUCUUUUUGAUAUGUAUAAGUACUUAUAUUCUCUUGAAGGUUGUUAUCUGUGAUAAAUCUUUCUUAUGU